ACAACUUACAGUCAAGCUGUGGGUGUUAUAAUAGGUGCUUUAUGUGGAGGUGUUCUAGGUGAUAAUAUCGGAAGAAGAAAAGUCAUGUUUACAUUUUUCGCUUUAAUGAUAGUGUUCCAUGGUGUUUGUGGAAGCGUAGAGACUUGGGAAUCGCUGAUGAUCUUGAGAUUCCUUGUUGGGCUUUCAGCAGGUGUAUUUAUUGUGAUAAGUAUAGUGAUUCCUAUUGAAUAUGUAGGUUCGGAUUGGAGGGAUGUGUGUAUGUUAUCCGGAUUUUGGACUAUUGGUGUUUAUAGUUUAUCCUUACAAGCUUACCUUUUACAAAAUUGGAAACUUUUAGCUUUUGUGUCUGGAGCUUUUAAUUUACCUCUUCUUGGACUUUAUUUUUUAAUUCCUGAAAGUGCUCGUUGGUUACUCUGUAGUCAUCAAUAUCACGCUGCAGAGGCCUCUGUAAGAGACAUGAUAUCGUGCAAUACAAAACCCGUGGCUGAGUUAGUCGCUUUAUUAGACAGCGCCCGGGCCAGUGUUUCCAGUAAAAUGCAUAGGAAAAGAUACACUUAUAUUCAUUUAUUUCAAACAUUAGAUUUAUUUAAAUGGACUUUAGCCUUAGCUUAUUCUUGUUUGAUAACAUCAACUGUGUAUUUUUAUUUAUAUAAUAAGAUUGGAUCUAUUACUGGUAAUAAAUAUAUUGAUAAUAGUCUACCCUUUCUCGUCGACAUUCCUUUAACUUGGAGUGCUAUUGUCGUCAAUAAAUGUUUAGGGAGAAGAUGGUGUACAUUUUUAUAUUCAGUAGCCUCGGGGUUCGCUCUGCUAUCUGUAAUGAUUCUACACAUGACGGGUAACUUACAGUCAAUUCCUACACUAGUCACUGGAUUAUGUUUAUUUGGUAAACUUGGUGUUACUGCUUCCUUUUCACUUAUAGCUGUCAUAGCUGUGGAAACUUAUCCUACUGUUAUAAGAUGUAUGGGAACAGCAAUUGGGGUUGCGUUUACAGCAGCUGGCUCCAUAUUAUCCAGACAGUUCAAAUUCCUGGAUACCUUCCAUUACACCAUACCUUUCGUGGUGUUCGGUGGUUUUAUCAUAUCAGUUGGAUUUAGUUCCUUAAUCUUACCAGAAUCCAUUGGUCGACCGUUACCU